AUGGAAUCUCGGAGUGCGCCGCCGAGCCCCGAAGACUCUGGGGAGGCGGUGUUCAAUACACACUGUGGACGAUACCCUCAUCAACCAGUACUGCAAAGAACAUUUGCAAGUUGUCGCGAAGCAGGCCGACCGCGACCUCAUCACCGACAUGCCGUUUCAGAACCUGGAAGACCAGACGAUCGAGUACUUACAACGGCCGAAGUUCACGACUAUCCUUCCUCCGAGUCCGGCAUUGCUGCCGAUUGUCCCCACCCUCAUUCGAGUAAUGCAGACGACAGUCCAUGUUACGACCGUUCAGAUUUUGAGGGCAAUUCAAGUUACAGCUUAAGACAUAAUUACCACCAUACAAUCGACUGCAGUAAACAUAGAUCUGAUUUCAGUCGCAGCCAUACCCCAGAUUAUAAUAAUGAUCACGAUUCAGAUUGUGAUCACGGACAUUCCCGUUCUCAAACAACACGACGACCACAUCGCAGGCAUAGACGAGAAGAUGGUGAUGGCGCCCAAUCGCUUGAUGAACGCUGUGCUCGAGACCUUGAUGAAAUUUUGCCAGCAAGACUUGCAGCAGUAAACUUGUCAAGAGAACAACCAUCACAAUCAUGGAAUAGAAGCAAUAUUGCUGCUACUAUGGAACGUUUUGAACCGGUCGAUUAUUCCUAUGCCUAUUACGACCAUCAUUUAUCCAUGCCUUCUUCCUCAAGAAAGGCUAAUCGACAAAGGGGACGCGGUGGUUUACCCCGUGAUAGAUCUGCCCGUCAUAAUUUUGUAACAAGGUAUGGCACUGAAGAAAAUAUUUACGAAGAAAUAACAGACGGUUCCAGAACAUGUCCUAAGCAUCGGUAUGUGCCUCGACAGUCACUUGUUUCACUAGAUAGAAGCGUUGUUGAAGAAGAAGUGCGUAGAGUUGAGUCAAGGCAUAAAAGAAUAUUAGGGGAAUUAAAUUUAAGUGUGGAAGCAAUGCUUAUGCCUGAAUGUGAAUCGCCUGAUUCUGAGCGUGCAGAAGAUAGAGAUAAUAUAGAAGAAUUGUUGAGAGUUGGGCCUACAGAUGAAUUAUUAUCGCCUGCUAGUUGCAAUCCCCCUGAUUUAGACAGUGGAUUUAGUGGGAGCAGUAGUGGGGCCAGUUACGUAGGAAGUUUACGUCGAAAACCUACAGGAUCUGUACCACAUUUACCGGCAGUAGCGUAUGGUACUCGUGGAGCUGGUGUUCGUAUUUUAGGAGCCGAAGACUGUAACUUACGAUGCCCAAAAGAUGUUAAUUCCCCACGUAGUUCUAGCUGUGGCGAUGCAAAAACCAGUGGUUUUUGGAAUAAAAAAGCGUGGAAGAAAAUAUCAGGGUUUUCAAGUUCGAACAGUAUAAAUAAAGCUGGUUUAACUGGUCUGCUCGUUAGGUACACUUUCCGGCGUAAGUCCGGCUCGCAGGGCUCACAGGGCAAGCGGCGUGCCGAGCCCGUCAAAUGCGAUGCGUGCCUCUCACAACGAUGUUAA